CCUUCAGAUUCCCUCAUCUGCUACACAGCAACACCCCCAGGAAGAUGGGGAAAGAGAAGACGCACAUUAACAUUGUGGUCAUCGGCCACGUGGACUCCGGCAAAUCCACCACCACCGGCCACCUGAUCUACAAAUGCGGAGGCAUCGACAAGAGGACGAUAGAGAAGUUCGAGAAGGAGGCGGCUGAGAUGGGGAAGGGCUCCUUUAAGUACGCCUGGGUUCUGGACAAACUGAAGGCCGAGCGGGAGAGAGGGAUCACCAUCGACAUCUCUCUGUGGAAGUUCGAGACCACCAAAUACUACAUCACCAUCAUCGAUGCUCCCGGACAUCGGGACUUUAUCAAGAACAUGAUUACCGGGACAUCACAGGCGGACUGUGCGGUACUGAUCGUGGCAGCCGGUGUGGGUGAGUUUGAGGCUGGCAUCUCCAAGAACGGGCAGACCCGAGAGCAUGCCCUGCUGGCGUACACCCUGGGCGUCAAACAGCUCAUCGUUGGCAUCAACAAAAUGGACUCUACCGAGCCACCGUACAGCGAGAAGCGUUAUGAUGAGAUAGUGAAGGAGGUCAGCGCCUACAUCAAGAAGAUUGGCUACAACCCGUCCACUGUGCCCUUUGUGCCCAUCUCUGGAUGGCAUGGGGACAACAUGCUGGAACCAUCCCCCAAUAUGCCUUGGUUCAAGGGAUGGAAGGUGGAGAGGAAGGAAGGCAAUGCCAAUGGCGUUUCUCUCCUAGAAGCUUUGGAUACAAUCCUGCCCCCGUCUCGCCCCACAGACAAGCCUCUCAGACUGCCCCUCCAGGAUGUCUACAAGAUUGGAGGUAUUGGCACAGUUCCCGUGGGCCGGGUAGAGACUGGCAUCUUGAAACCCGGCAUGGUGGUGACCUUUGCCCCCGUGAACAUCACCACUGAGGUAAAGUCUGUCGAGAUGCACCAUGAGGCCCUCAGCGAGGCUCUGCCCGGCGACAACGUUGGCUUCAACGUCAAGAACGUGUCCGUGAAGGACAUCCGCCGCGGCAACGUGUGCGGGGACAGCAAGUCCGACCCACCUCAGGAGGCUGCCCAGUUCACCUCUCAGGUGAUCAUCCUGAACCACCCAGGCCAGAUUAGUGCCGGAUACUCCCCCGUGAUUGACUGCCACACCGCUCACAUCGCCUGCAAGUUCGCAGAGCUGAAGGAAAAGAUCGACCGCCGUUCCGGUAAGAAACUAGAGGACAACCCCAAGGCUCUGAAAUCUGGAGAUGCCGCCAUCGUAGAGAUGAUUCCUGGAAAGCCCAUGUGUGUGGAGAGCUUCUCCCAGUACCCUCCUCUUGGGCGUUUUGCCGUACGGGACAUGAGGCAGACUGUGGCUGUCGGGGUCAUCAAGAACGUGGAGAAGAAGAGCGGCGGCGCCGGCAAGGUCACCAAGUCCGCCCAGAAGGCCCAGAAGGCUGGCAAAUGAAUUGCAGGCCCCUUGCGCAUGGCACACAAGCCCUGCCCCUCCGAGAGGGUCCGCCCCCUUACCUUUGAGGCGCACGCCAGCCCAUCGGCUUGUAAAAGCCUAUACGUCAACGACUGGAUGCUUACGAUUAAAGUCCAAUGGAAGUUCUUCAAGAGGAAAAGCAUGCCCCACCGUGUGACCCCCUAGUGUCCAUUUUACCAAUAAAACCGGUUCAACAUCAUUAAA